AGAACCCGCUGAAAAACAUCCCAGAGAUGUGCGUGUGUGAAUGUGACAGCUAGCUGGUGUGUUGAGAGUCAUGGACCCUUACCAGGAGGUGAAUUGUCCAUGUGGUGACACUGAAAAGAAACAGUUCGUGCUCCGAACAGAUAGCUAAAUACACACUUCAGCAAUCAAAAUCAAGAUAUUGAUCGUCAAGAUUAUGCAACAUUAUUAUUACUAAUAUAACCAGUAAAUGCAGUAAGACGAAAAUGAGGCUUCCUUUAGCAUUGGUUGCAAAUUUAAGACCGCUUAAUGCUGGCUUUAGAAAAAGGCAUUCGAUUCAUAAUGGCGUUACGAAAACGUCCUUGCUGUCCAGUCAUAAUAUAUGCAGCAGAGCGGAUAGAAAGUGGAUCAAGCCAGCGGGCUUUGACACCGGUGUGAAGACUUACAACAGUCUUACCAAGCAGUUGGAACAUCUGGUUUUGGCGCAAGAAAGAAUUGCUACCUGGUACAGCUGUGGCCCUACUGUUUAUGAUCAUGCCCAUCUCGGUCAUGCGUGCUCUUACGUCAGAUUUGACAUUCUGCAAAGGAUCUUAUCCAGAAUUUUUGAAAUUAAUGUCAUCCACGUCAUGGUCAUCACUGACAUUGAUGAUAAAAUAAUUCAAAGCAGCAUCGAGCAGAACAUCUCGCACGCUGUCCUAGCAAGAAUGCAUGAGGAAGAGUUUAAGAGGGACAUGCAAGCACUGCGGGUUAUUCCUCCGUCUGUAUACAUGAGGGUGACAGACAACAUCCCCCAGAUUGUAGCUUUCAUACAGCGUAUUAUAGGAAAUGGACAUGCCUAUGUCACAAGUCAAGGGAACGUCUACUUUGACACUCAGUCAAUUGGUAACCGCUAUGGCAAGCUUGUAAACAUUGGAGGGAUUGUUGGGAAGAUGGUGGCUCAGGAUAAAAGAGAUCUAAGAGAUUUUGCGCUGUGGAAAGCAUCCAAACCACACGAGCCUCAUUGGGAGUCACCUUGGGGACAAGGAAGACCUGGGUGGCACAUUGAAUGUUCUACGAUUGCUAGUUCAGUGUUUGGAAGUCAGUUGGACAUCCACUCUGGAGGAAUUGACCUUGCCUUCCCACAUCACGAGAAUGAGAUUGCCCAGUCUGAGGCGUAUCAUCAGUGUGAACAAUGGGGAAACUACUUCCUGCACUCCGGGCACCUUCAUUUGAAAGGAAGCAUGGAGAAGAUGUCAAAAUCCUUGAAGAAUUAUGUAACAAUAAAGGAUUUUCUGAAAUCUUACACUGCUAAUGAGUUUCGAGUUUUCUGUCUUCUGACCAGAUACAGAUCAGCAAUCGAAUAUAGUGAUGCAAGCAUGAAUGGAGCCCGAUCAACCCUGUCCACCAUCUCUUCCUUCUACCACAAUGCACAGGCCUACAUGCAGGGCCACUUACAGUGCCAGCCUGUAGAGGAGGGAAUUCUCUGGGAGAGGUUGUCUGUUACACAGUCCAUCAUUCGGAAAGCACUUGCUGAUGAUUUUGACACCCCAAAAGCUGUGGAUGCCAUUAUGAGCCUCAUUUACCACGGCAACUGUCAGCUUCAGCCUACUACUAAGGUUGUUGGGCCGAGGAGUCCUGCUGUAUUUGGAGCCAUACUGUCCUACGUCAGGGAAAUCAUGGAUGUUUUUGGAGUUGAUCUAUUGGACACAAAGGAAGUCAAUGAUUCCUCUGGAGUUUUAAAUAAUGUGCUAGAGGAAUUGGUGCACUUUCGGAGGAAGGUUCGUAAUUUUGCUCUUUCUGUGGAAGAUCGAGCUACGCAAGAUCCCCACACUGCCUCUGAAAUUCAGAAAAGCCAUCUACGGCCAGACAGAGAGCCCUUGCUGAAGGCCUGUGAUGCUUUAAGGAAUAAUCUAGCACCUCUUGGAGUCCAAAUUAAGGACAGAGGAAUAGACUCCACCUGGGAAAUAACAAGAAGCGUAGAGACAAGGAAGAAAUAACCACUUACUGAAUUGGGAAGUUUGAUCUAUUAGAUCCCAAGCUGCAGCAUCGUCUUGACUCUUUAAGUUUCUUUUUUUUUUUAAGACAUUACAGUUUAACUGAAAAAGUCUUGCACAGAAUGAUUAGUUUUAUAAUGCAACUAAAGCUGUAACACCACUAGUAACCACAUUUUGAUCUGGUGAUAAUGAUUGUAAUUAUUAAUAAAUCGACUUUUUGUAGGAUAUUUGUCUCAGUAAAGGACUUUUGGACCAACUUAAGGACAUUUCUAAACCAUUCAAGAAUCGUCAUUGACCUCCUCUGUCUGAUAAUCACGAUAGAAUAUGAUAUGCUAAUCAUAGAAAGGUCAUAAGUUAGAGUAAAGUUGUCUAUUGUAUUGAUGUUUGCUUGGUUUCUUUUCACAACAUAUUAUUUUGUUGUCGUUUUUAUGGGGAAAUGCGUUUGAUAUCUGUAAAGACAUUACGAAGAUGCUCCCUAAAUACCUCUGUCAUACUUUUAAUUUUUAAUAGGGCAAUAUAAAAUAUGCAAGUGGCGAAAAAAAUAAAUAUGAAUUAUGAA